GGCGGCCUUGGUGUGCCGUGACCGGUCGGCGAAGGCCCCACCCGACCCGGCCCGGCCAGCUCCUCCACCGUGUCCUGUGCAGUGUGCCGACAAGUACCGACGGCUGCCAAUGGCCGGACCCGUGGUAUCCGGUUACGCCGCCUCACCGUCUCGGCGGGGCUGUUACCGGAGGUCGGUCGGCGUCAGCCCCCUCCCCGCCCCGCCCCCGCCGCGGCCACAAGUUCAAGUUCAGAGCGGCGCGGCGUGUUGCGCUGGAGCGCGGUGGGAAGGGGGAGGUAGUUACCGUCUCAAGGGUACCGACGGACACAGUAUAUAACGUGCCACAGAGCCGCCGAAAGGCAGUACAGCUCUGUACAGCUCACAGUCAACAUGGCCUACGCUAAGGUGCUGACCGCGUGUGCGCUGGUGGCCGCUGCUAGCGGAGCUCCCAGCACACCCCUGGCCUACGGCCACGGUUACGCCCAUGGCUACGCCGCCUCUCCUGCCGCCUACGGCCUCGGCUACGCCGCCGUCGCACCGGCGCCCGUCGACGUGGUGGUCGGACACGCUCCGGUCGCCAAGUCUGUCGAGGUGGUCGACUACGUGAACCCGCACCCCAAGUACGACUUCAGCUACGGCGUCUCGGACGGCUACACGGGCGACCACAAGUCGCAGGUGGAGAGCCGCGACGGUGACGUCGUGCGCGGACAGUACCGGCUCGUCGACCCCGACGGCACCGAGCGCGUCGUCACCUACACCGCCGACGACUACAACGGAUUCCAGGCCACCGUCGAGAAGCGCCCUCUCGGCUACACCGCACCCGUGGCUGCCCACGGCUACGCCGCCCCCGUUCCCGCCGUGGCUGCCCACGGCUACGCCGCCGCCGUUCCCACCGUGGCUGCCCACGGCUACGCCGCCGCCGUGCCGGCCGUGGCCGUGCACGCCGCUCCGGUGGCCGUCUCCCACCAGUCGGUCACCAAGUCGGAGGGUUACGAUGUGCCCGUCGUCAAGGAGACGGUGCACACGGCGCCCGUCGUGGCCAAGGCGGUGCCGGCCGUCCACGCUGUCCACUCUGUGCACGCCGCGCCGGCCGUGCACUCUGUGCACACCGUGCACGCCGCCCCUGCCGUGCACUCCAUCAGCCACGGCUAUUAACUAACUCCUGUACUUUCUGUAAAAAAUGUACAACUAUCCAAAGAACUGUGUUGCCACUGUGAAAUGUACAGAGCUGUAUGCUCCGUAUUUUGAUGAUCUUCUCUUCUAAAUGUUGUGUCGUGUUUAAUACAUGCCAAGACUGUACCUA